CGGGGCCGAGCAGCCCCGCCCCGCGCCGCGCCGCGCCUCCCCGCCUCCCCAAUCCAGGCUCUCCCUGCUCGAGAUGCCCGCAGUCGGCGCCCGGAGCAGGAAGCAUGUGCGCGGGCUGGGAGCUGGGCUCUGCGGCGGGCGGCUCGCUGCUGCUGACCGCCGCGCUGCUGGCGGUGAGCUGCGCGCUGGGUCUGCGCUUGGGCCGCGGGCGGGGGGCGGCGGACCGCGGAGCGCUCGCCUGGCUGUGCUUCGACGCCCUGGUGCACUUCGCUCUGGAAGGCCCUUUUGUCUACUUGUCUUUGGUAGGAAACAUCACAGAUUCUGAUGCCUUGAUUGCUUCAUUGUGGAAGGAAUAUGGCAAAGCUGAUGCGAGGUGGCUGACUUCUGAUCCCACCAUUGUGGCUUUGGAAAUUCUGACUGUUGUCCUCGAUGGCUCUCUGGCACUGGUCCUCAUUUAUGCCAUCGUCAAAGAGAAAUAUUAUCGGUGGAGAAAAGAGGGAGAUACCAAAAAGUUGCCAGAAAUCUGUGUGAACCCUGUGUACAAGGGCAGAAGGGAUCAUCAGCGGGUAAGCCAACUAUUUCAUCUAAGGACCUUCGGAUGUCGUGUUGUGUGUCUUCUCUCCAGCUGGCCAGAGCUCCUAGUGGGGAGCUCCCAGUCCCCGCCCCCGUGUGUAAACCUCACUGCCAGCCCCUGGGAGCCAAAUGGGGAAGGGUCCAGGCAGUCUCACCCGUCCGUUCACAAACCUUGGAGGAGUUCUCUUUUCAGCGAUGUUUCACCCCAUCCUCUCUUGGGCGACGCCUCCUGGGGAACAAACUGAGAUGCUGCCAGGGAGCAGAGGGGCAGUUCCCCGGCCUGAGUAGAACUGUGAGGGCGUCUGAGAGUCUGUCUCUUCAUACAGACUUUCCACCAGUUCUGUUUCCGGCCCCACCUUGGUAUCCCAAGUCCUGAGAUUUCCGGGGGUUUGGGUCAGAACCACUUGCUGAUGACUGGGAGGCUGUGUAGAGCAUGGUUUCAGGGUUGCAC